AUGGGUGAACCAAUCCCGAUGGAGCAGCAAAUCCUCACGACAAUGCUUGACCCAGCUUUUUAUGAUAUGAGUGUACGACCGUUUGGAGAGGGAAUGAUUCUUUAUAUCAACAUCACAUUGAACACGUUUCGAUUGCUAAAUAUGGACCAAGUCGAGGAAACGAUUCAAUUCCAAAACGAGUUUCUCAUGAUGUGGAUGGACCCAGGUCUCGGCUGGAAUCGCUCCAAUUACCCUGAAUACUCCGCAAUUUACGUGAUGGCUCCAGAGGCUCAAGUUUUUGUGCCCGAUGUAAUCUAUUACAGCACAAUAGACAGUUUUCCUAUUGUUGACCCAUCGAUAGCGUAUGCGAUCGUUCGAUACGAUGGAUGGAUACGACUUUCGAUGCCAGCUACGGUUACAGUCCCGUGUUCUCUGCAUCUUGCGAAUUUCCCGUAUGAUGAACAGAAAUGUAAAGUAACGCUUGGAUCAUGGAUAUUCAGAGACGAUCAGAUUGUCGUUUUACCCACAGAUGGUCCACUCAUAAAACCGGAUCCUCCGCUGGCGUUGGGUCAACUUGGCUCUAUCACUUUUACUGGAAACUCUGAAUGGGAACUUCUCUCAAUUGAUGUCAGCCGUGAUUUUAUGUACAUUGAAGAUGAUGGAAAUUACUCAUUAAUCCUCUACACAGUUCAUCUGAAACGAAAACCGGUUUACUAUGUGAUGGUUAUUCAAGCACCGACAUUAAUCAUUGGAACGAUUACAAUCUUUGGAAUGUUUACUCCAUUUAGUCAACGGAUGGAAAGAUGGCAAAAGGUUGAACUCGGACUGAACAUGUUAUUGGCUAUUUCAAUGAUGUUGAAUCUUGUCUCGAGCAUGAUGCCCAAAGCUGAACGAUUACCUUUAUUAGGCAACUACAUCAUAGCUGAGAUAUUUAUCUGCUCCGUUGGAAUCAUCGUUUCGAUUUGCAUAUUAGAGCUGCACUCAAGAGCAGAUCAAAGAAAUUGGAGACCACCAGAUUUACUUUGUCGAUUAAUUCUUUUCUCUUGUCGAAAAAGAUCCUCCCCAGUCGCUUUGCCGGAUCCUCCGCGACUUCUACCCAUCAAGCCACCAACCGAGAAAGAAACCGAAGAUCAACACAAAUUGAAUGUUGUCAAGAAUCAAUUAUCACAGACUCUACACCUCGUUCGUUCCUAUAUGGAUCGUGGCCACGUCGAGGAAGAGUGGCGACUUUUAUGGACUCGAAUCUUUGACCGUCUUGAUAUUAUAUUCCUUGUUCUAUUUCAAGUUGCAAACAUAAUUUGUUCAGCAAUGUUCAUGCGA